AUGGUGACUGGAGGUGGUGGUGUGCGGCGUGGUGUUGGUGCGGUGGGGCGAAAGAGGAGGAGACAGGGGAGAGCAGGGGAGUGUGACGAGGGGAAGGAGAGGGAAGGAGGUGGUGCGAGCGGUGGUGUUGUGGGGGCGACGGUGGUCUGGGUGGCUGGGGGUGUUGCGAUUGGUGGUGAUAAUGAAAUUCAAGGAAUUUGUAAAUUCUGGAAGGAUUCUAGAAGGGGAAGGCCUUGGGGCUCAAGCAAAUGUAUGGGGACUGAUUUGAGGGAAGGAGAGGAAGUCAAAACUUCCUGGCCACGAGAAAAACAGAGGAGAAAGGGAGGAGAGGAGGAGGAAAGAGAAAAGGGAGGGAGGCAUUUGGGGGCUGGGUUCCGUGGCGCCAGAUACGCCGGUGAGUACGGCGGUGGUGGUGGUUGGUUCUCGGCGACAGAGCAGCAAGAGAAAGGGUGGGCACGAGCAAAACAGAGGAGAAAGGGAGGAGAGGAGGAGGAAAGAGAAAAGGGAGGGAGGCGUUUGGGGGCUGGGUUCCGUGGCGCCAGAUACGCUGGUGAGUACGGCGGUGGUGGUGGUUGGUUCUCGGCGACAGAGCAGCAAGAGAAAGGGUGGUGA